AUGGCAUUACAGAUCUCUCCAAAGGACACCAAUCUACUUUUAAAAGAAAAGAACAUUCUCACUGCAGAUGUAUUAGAUAAAUAUAGGGUUGCCGGUGAAAUCACACAGACAUGUUUGGCUUUUAUAAUCUCGUUGAUCAAUGAUUCAUAUCACUUAGGAGCACACGAGCCAUAUUCUGCAGCAGAAUUAUGUUUGUUGGGUGAUUCGUUUAUGCAAUCUUUAAUUGAUACCAAGUAUAAAAAAAUUAUUGAAAAAGGUAUUGCACAACCAGUCACUUUAGAUGUGAAUAAUAUUGUUGCUGGGUAUUCACCAGAAUUGAACGAUGAAGAGUCGAAUAUGACUUUCAAGGCGGGUGAUGUUGUCACAAUCAAUUUAGGUUGUCAUAUUGAUGGUUAUACAUCCAACUUGGCUCACACAAUAGUCAUCUAUCCGCCUGGUGCAACUCCACCUGGCCCAUUGUUGGGCGAAAAUGCAGAUAUAAUCUGUGCAUCUUACUUGGCUACCGAGACUGUUGUGACAUUGUUAGCAUGUGCACUUACACCUGAAAAAAUUCCAAAUUCAUUGGCCAAUGGGCCUGUCAAACAAAUCACGGGUUCCCUCAUUAGAAAAGUUGUCAAUGAGAUUGCAAAGUCUUUCAACUGUACCGUUGUUCCAUUAUCCAAAGUUAGACGUGUGAGGAGAUUCUUAGCGGGGCAAGCAGAAGGUGUUGUUGCAGAGAGAGAUUUCAAGGGUGUUGUUUGGUCCGAGAAAGACCAAGAGGAAGAACUACUUAGGGCCAGCGAAUCAAUCAAUGAAACUCAGAUCAGUAUCAUUGACAAAUCACAAGGACGUAUUGAUAACCCGGACAAUACGAUUCCGACUGAUGAUUUUGUUGUCUCACCUGGUGAGGUCUAUAGCGUUGAUAUUAGAAUGGCACCUUUGAAUAGAGAAGAGCCAGGAAUUGUUACUUUAGAAUCUUUAGACGGUUUCAAGAGUAAAAAGGAGGAAUUCAAUCCAAAACACUCUAUUUUCAUCAGAGACGUUUCUAUUGCAGAACAACUAAAAUUAAGGAAUUCAAGAAGAUUAUUAUCGCUUGUUGAUAAAAAGCAAUCAGUUUAUCCGUUCAAACUAGCCUAUGUCUCUGAGCACUUCCCAUUGCAAAAGGAUAAGAACAUUGUUGAGCAACUAAUCAAAGUCGAAAAAGAUGUCAAGGUUUUCAAAUUCGGUUUGGCGGAAUGUAUCAAUAAACAGUUAUUUGUCAGCAAGCCAAUUGUUGCUGGUAAGUUCAUUCCCUUGAAGAACAUAUUGAACCUAUCCACAUCGACAGGUAUCAACGGUUACGAUGCAUCCAAUCCAACCUUGCCAGGUCUUGAAUUGCCUUUACCAAAAUUAGGUGUCACUUUACUAAAAUUAAAGACUUUACUAAAACAGUCCCCAGCCGUGAAUGUUUCGAGGUUCUCUUCCACUGUUGCUCUCAGUACAGAAUCCGGCUGCCUCAGAUUAGGCGGAGGUGUCCAAAACUUCAAAUGUAGUUGGGUCCAUUCCGAUUAUGAACUACAAGGCGACAUUGCCGCUCUGGUCAACGAAUUAGCUGCAUUGACCCAAGACGAACGUUUUGGUAUCAAGAUCCGUGAAACCGUCGUUCUCAAAGAUACCAUUGCUGGACCUGUUGCUGAGGAAACUAUGGAGGAAUAA